AUGGACCACUCGAAACUUCCAGACCUCCCAGAGGCACUAAAAAAAUUACUUCCGAGUGCUGACGACGUAGUUGCCAGAGAUCGAUCUAUUUCUCCGAAUUGGGAGGACUUCACGAAAGGGAUGGAGUGCUUCAGUUUUGUGCGGUCCAUUCAGGUGGAUAUCCCAAUCUGGGUCAGAAUCUGUUCCUUGGAAGGCAAGCAGAAGGAGAUUCCCUUUUCCGAACUACUUGAAAACCCCGAGUUGCGAUACACAGCAUCCACCAAUGACCCUUGCUCCGAUCUUUACGUUACCGCGCAGCUUUGGUCUGACUCAAAGCCUCUGGGUCUGCCCCUUCAAACUCCAUACAAAGCUUUCAAAAACGAGCGAGUCUGGAAUGAAUGGUUGUUGAUGCCCAUGUCGAUCAAGGAUGCCCCGCUCAACCUCCAGAUUGCGAUAACGGCUUGGGACCUAUCCCCGCUGGCAGACACUCCCGACCAUCGUAUUUCAUUCGGCGGAACAACUAUCUCGGUGUUUGAUCAGGAUGGUAUGCUGAAGAUGGGCCGGCAAAAAUGCAAGGUCUAUCGUCAUAGAGCUGCCGACGGUUUCUCAUCUACAGCCACACCUUCAUCCCCAGCCCCGAAUCGGCGCAAUCCCGACAAUUUGGAUGUUCUAGCCAAAUCCAAAGCAGAGCUAGAGCUAGAACGGCUUGAACCCUUGAUCAAAAAGCAUGAAAUGGGUGAAAUUCCACGCAUUGACUGGUUGGAUCAGAUGCUCUUUCGUCAAAUUGAAAAACUCAAGAUUGAUGCGGAAGCCGCAGGGGAAUCACGAGCCAUUCUUGCCAAAAAGAUGAGAUCUAAAGCAAAAGAAUACAACGAGAACAAUCCAGAUGAGCACAGCGUGGAUGAACAAAGCGUGGAUCAGGAGAACUUCGUUCUUUAUGUGGAAUUCCAACGCUUUGAUCUCCCCGUCCUCUGGGCCGACCACCAAUACCCUGCACCGCCUGUUUCAUCCUAUUCUCAGAUUCCGCCUACCAACCCCAACUCGGCAUCGAAGCCCGCUCCCGAGGUCCGGUUGGGCCCUGGAAUCGAGGAAGGCGAUGGAGCUGGGGUCAUUAAGAUCUAUGAUGGUGAAGUUGGACAGACUGGAAACCCAUGUGAAGACAAACAUCGGCGAUUGAUUCGAAGCCACCGAACUGGGUUCAUGGACAGAGAUCUGAAGCCGAACCCAAAGAUCCGGGAUGAGCUGAAUGAUAUCUUAUCGUAUGAGCCGACCCAAUCCCUCACCGCCGAGGAAAAGGACUUGGUGUGGCGAUUCAGGUACUAUCUUACCCGAGAGAAGCGAGCGUUAACCAAAUUUGUGAAAUCGGUCAACUGGCGCGAUGACGGCGAAUCUCGACAGGCUGUUGAGAUAUUGCCCAAGUGGACCGAAAUCGAUGUUGACGAUGCGUUGGAGCUCUUGGGUCCCACUUUUGACAAUCCAGAAGUACGCUCGUAUGCCGUGGCGAGGUUGCGCAAGGCAGACGACGAGGAGCUUCUUCUUUAUCUGUUGCAACUGGUACAGGCGUUGAAGUAUGAGGAAAGUUCAUUUGAGGAGGUGGAUGAAGCUGCCCGCGACUCUUCCCUUGCUAAAUUUCUCAUUACGCGUGCUGCCAACAACUUCAAGCUUGGUAACUACCUGCAUUGGUAUCUGAUGGUUGAGUGCGACGAUGCAGCGUCCGCGACACUAUCGACACAGCGUCGACUGUUUGCACGGGUGGAAUAUUACUUCAUGGUCGAGCUCGAGAAGAUCAAUUCAGAGCACCGUAAAACACUCCUGCGACAAGGCGAACUCGUCAUUGUGCUCUCGAAGAUUGCUAAAGACAUCCGAUUCUCACGAGAGACUCGACCUGCGAAAAUCGAACUACUCAAAAAGAUGUUACGAGAUCCCAAGAAUGAAAUCAUCAACAUCGAUCCGCCAUUGCCCCUUCCGAUAGACCCGGAUGUCUCAGUAGUUGGGUGCUACCCCGAUGAAUCUAAUGUCUUCAAAUCGACAUUGUCUCCUUUGCAAAUCACCUUCAAAACUGAUGAUGGCCGACGAUACCCACUCCUGUUCAAGGUCGGUGACGAUCUCCGGCAAGACCAACUGGUCAUCCAAAUUAUCAUCUUGAUGGACCGACUUCUCCAGAAGGAGAAUCUUGAUCUGAAGUUGACUCCUUAUCGAAUUCUUGCUACAAGCUCAACUGCUGGCGCGGUCCAGUUCAUUCCAUCUACUUCCCUUUCUGCCGCGUCAUCUAAGUACAGAUCGAUUCUCGCUUAUCUGAAGGAGAACAACCCUGAUGAGAACGAACCCCUUGGUGUGCGCAAGGAGACUAUGGAUACCUACAUCAAGUCUUGCGCAGGUUACUGUGUGAUCACCUACCUUCUUGGCGUUGGCGACCGUCACUUGGAGAACCUGCUGCUGGCUCCAGAUGGCCAUUUCUUCCACGCCGAUUUCGGAUUCAUCCUUGGUCGUGACCCUAAGCCAUUUGCUCCUAUGAUGAAACUUUGCAAGGAAAUGGUUGAAGGCAUGGGAGGCACUACAUCGCCUCACUACCUGCAAUUCAAGCAGCACUGCUUUACCGCAUACACCACCUUGCGCAAAUCGGCCAACUUGAUCCUCAAUCUCUUUAGUCUGAUGGUGGAUGCCAACAUUCCAGACAUUCGCGUUGAACCCGAUAAGGCUGUUCUCAAAGUCAAGGAACGCUUCCACUUGGAAAUGACGGAGGAGGAGGCCAUGCGGCACUUCGAGCAGUUGAUUGGGGAUAGUGUGAAUGCUAUCUUUGGUGUGGUGAUCGAUCGUCUUCAUGAUUUUGUGCAAGGCUGGAGGGCGUGA